CUGUUUGGAUACAUCAGGUACAUUGACACUAUCCAAAUGAAUUACCUGGUCUAGUGGGCUAUGGCAUUGUGGGCUAUUUUUAAAUAGGUUUCGGCUAAAUGCAGCCGCACCGGUAGGGUACCUGUAUCUGUGCGGCUUUUGCUGCCCCCUUCUUUGUCCAUCGUUUAUUUUAGUGGGUGGGUUAUGCAGUAAAGGUAGUUUAUGUUGGGCCUAUUUUGUGUAAAAUGUAGCCUACUAUGUGCUUGACUAAAAACCCGAAUGCUGUGCUGAUGUUUUGUGCAUGUUGGUGUCGCCCUUCUCAGACGGAUUGAUGCUGAAGAUCCGGGGCUGAGAUGAGAUAAGCGUCCUCUAUGUCUCCGCCGAGCUGCUGCAGCGCCGAGCACGCAGGAAAGAAGCUGUCACUCUUUAGCCCAAAACGCCGGAAUACAGAGAUUUAGCAGUUUUUUUAGCCAGCGCCGGAAAGGUUCGCCUUCUAUUUGCACCCAGAUCGCCACCUCGAUAAUGGUCCUGACGCUGCUCUCCAGAGGUGAUGUGAGCUGAACGUGCGGGGAAGCCGCAGAGGAGCUGUCCGUCUGUCGAGGUGCUGAUGCGGCUGUGACAGAAGCGAGCAUGGCUGCCGGGAAGUUACUGCUCUACGCCGGGCUCUCUCUUUCUCUCUGCGCCCUGGGCAUGCUGGCCGUGGCGAUGUGCUCCGACCACUGGUACGAGACUGACGCCAGGAGGUACAGGGAGCGGUGCCGAAGCUUUUCCAGCCGCCGCAAGGACCCGGGCUUCAUCUACAUCCCCAACAACAGCCUGCCGCUGCGGGCCAGCCGGAGCAGCCUGCCCCGCUGGGAGGAGAAGCUGCUGCUGGCCCGGAACCGGCGGCAGCUGUUCGCCAUGAGCGCCGCUGAUGAGUGCAGCAGACAGUAUAACUCCACCAACAUGGGGCUGUGGAGGAAGUGCCAUCGGCUGGGCUUCGACCAAGAGAUCGAGGACCUCAUCCGGAAAGGUGCAGUGUUUGAUCCAUAUCCAUCAACCUACGGACAAGCAGGUUCCAUUGCAAGGUGCUCCUACAUCAAGUAUCACUACUCCUCGGCUAUGAUACCCAAAAACCUGUCCUACAACAUCACCAAGACAAUAAGGCAGGAUGAGUGGCACUCUCUCCACUUGCGGCGAAUGACGGCAGGUUUCAUGGGCAUGGCGGUGGCCAUCAUCCUGUUCGGUUGGAUCAUCGGCGUGCUAGGCUGCUGUUGGGACAGAGGCCUCAUGCAAUACGUUGCCGGCCUCCUCUUCCUCAUGGGAGGAACUUUCUGCAUCAUCUCCCUCUGCACCUGUGUUGCCGGCAUCAACUUUGAGCUUUCCCGUUACCCGCGGUAUCUGUACGGCCUGCCUGAUGACAUCGGCCAUGGCUAUGGCUGGUCGAUGUUCUGCGCCUGGGGAGGCCUGGGCCUCACCCUCAUCGCGGGCUUCUUCUGCACCUUGGCUCCCUCCGUUCAGCCGAUACCGCGAUCCACCUGCCCCAAGUCCCGGCAGGAGAACGGGACCGUCUGCUAAAGCUGGCAGCUGUGAGAAGACCAACUGAACCCACAGAUUGACAACAAGCAAACAGAAAAAAACUGCUCCAUGUCUUCAUCCGUCCACUCAUCUCCAGUCUUUCUGGUUACAGAUUCUUUUUUAUUUGUGUGUGUGUGUUUAAAAUGGGUGUCUUGGUGGUCUGCUAUCUUGAAAAUAACUGAAGAACUAAAGAAAUAUUAUCAAAAAUAUGAAGUUGUGCUUGUUUUUAUGUUGUGGAGCAGACCUGAAGUGGACCCUGACCAAGAAAAGUUGCAAUGGAAAUACACAGAGACACUGAAAGACUAGAUUUUGGACAGUGGAGUGGUUGUAGCAAAAGAGGGUGAACUGAACAUGGAAACAGCUUCUAUUAACUGGUCGACUGAUUUUGGAGAACUCAAUGAAUCAGCAAUAUGGGAGGGAAACAAUCAGAUUGUUAAGAUCAGAUCAAGUAAAGAUCUUUGACAAAGUUUCUCAUGGACUUGGCCUUGUGGAGCCUCUUGAGGGAUUAUUCAGAAUGGAAUGGACCAGACAUGAAACCAUGCGACUUGCUAGGCUGGGAUCAUGUUUAGUGGCCAUCUGUUAACUUUCAGCGUUCCAGCUUCUGAGGUCCCUCCAGUUACUUGGGACACGCAGGCAGCGAGGAGAUCCAGGACCUCCACUAUUGUACAUUAUUGUACAGAAUAUUCCAGACAAGAGACAACCAGGAAAUGUCAUGUUGGACCAUUUUCAUUCUCGUUUAGGUGCGUUCCAUUCCUCCUAAUGAUCCCAUAUGCUGUUUAGCAUUUUAUACAUGCAUUCCUCUUUUAUUCAAAGUGUAUUUUCCUUUUAAUGAACCCUUCAUGUUGGGAACGAACUGUCAACUGAGCGUAAUUUCAGAGCAAAUGUCGUGUUUGAUUUUUUUUCCAUACUAGUCAUAGAGGUAAAUGUGUGUGUGAGUGUGUGUAUGUGUGGGGAGGUGUUGUUUUGCAGUCUCUAUAGAAAAAAAGAUGUAAAAAAUGCUCAUAAUUUCAAAGUGGAGCCCUGCCUUGGGUACGUAUAAAGGCAUGAGCUUUGAUGAACAGAAAGACAUAAUGGAGAGAUGUAGUAUCCUGUUUAACCCGACUGACUUCUGCAUUGUCGUCUUUUCUGGAGACAUGGCAGAUUUAGAGGAAGGAGGCUUAAGUAACAGAAUAUGAUAAGAAUACACUCCAGCUUUUCUUCCUGGGAAUCUGUGACGCUCUGCGAGCUCUGAGCACACGGCUUUCCCUCCAGCUCCAACAGCCGAGACCUGGCAGGGGUAAACAGUGCAGUCUCAAAGCACAAGGUUAAAAAGGUGUCAGCUUACUCGGUCGAAACGCGUCUACACUGAAGGAGAUAAGCUGUGUUCGGCAUCUGCAAGAAUCCUCAAGGCCUCGACCGCCAAUCAUGAGUCAGGAAUCAAAAUACACACAAAUAUUUCUAUGCAUAUUAGGGAGGAUGAUCAUACUGCUAGAAACAUUUAAAACUCCAAUUAACCAAAUGCAGCAGCUACUGACACCCAGAGCUGAGCUUUAAACUGCAACAAUACAAGACAAAAAGCAUACAUUGAAAGGCAGCGGGGACUACAGUCAACUUGAUCCUCCAUUGGAAGCAGCAGGAUAGCUGAACUAAUUGCAACUUUUUCUGAUACCCGUUUACAGAAAUGCUACGUGCAGUACUUUGAUUCUGUGGACUGUAAAGAUUCUGGUUUAGAUCAGGGAGUCCCAACCUUUUUUGGAUGUAGGGACUGGGAAGCAAGCCAGUCUUGCAGACCAAUGGAGUUUACCUAUGCUUGCGUGUUCUGCAACUAUUGUCAGACACUGCCUUUAUUCCUUUAUUAUACAAGUAAAAUGAGUUCUGCCAUGAUUCAGUCCAGAGAAUGAUGCCAGUAUGCUUUAUCAAAAAUGCUUGAUGACCCCCUAUGCCCUUCCUGUGUUGGAAGUGGGUGGGGGGGGGGGGGGGGGUAACUGACCAUUUCAGACUUUCCAAAACCAACAUGACAUCAUGACAUUCACACCCAUUUCACACCGGAGGUGAGAAAGUGAGCAGGGUUUGUCUCUCUGUAAUCAUGUAACAAAGUUUUUUCUGUCACUUUCUGUGUGAACAAUAGAACACAACACUAUGAUCAUCUUCCAGGAGAGACCGAUAAUGUGCAGAGCUAUCCCCAUAUUGAAACGAUUAUCGCGUUUUGCCUUUCACCCCGCCUUCGAGUGAUUUCCAGACUGGUUUCGACAAUAUGUUCCAAGCUUUUCUAGCAUUACCCAGCUCUUGUGAUUGGAUACAGAUACAGACAAGUAAACAUAGACAGAAUACAAGUUGAUGAAUGUGAAUUACAUUUGAACAAACAAGUCCAUUCAAUCAAGACAAGAAAGUGUCACAAUGUGUCAAUAACCAUAAAAACAAAGUUAAUAAAUGACCUUUGACUGUCACAUUUACAGACUUCAUAAUCUGCUCUUUAUCUGUCAACAAAAAUCAAUGAAGCCCUUAGAGCCCAUACAGUACAUCUAUAGAUGUCAGAAGCAUCUUUGCUGACCCAGUACCCAACACUUCUUAGAAUGGCAGAGGUUUCUAAUAAUCAGCAUUAACUGUUGGCUUCUUUGCAACCUGUUUGAUCAUCUUGACUGUUUCUUGAUGUAUUGGACUUUAUUGUUUGAAUGUCACUGUGAGUAGAGUUAAAUCAUGAAAUGAUGGUCGGCUAACAAUACAAAAAGACACAAUAUGUAAUACACCGGAGAACAGAAACUCAUGCAGCACAUUCUGGUUCCCUCGAUGGGUUACAGUUACAUCCCAUCUCAUAAAGAUCAAUCAACAUCUUGCUCUGUAACGUUGGUUUCGCUGAAGAAUUGGCUGUAUGCUAAAAUUGCACAAAUAGUAGGCAGGAUGAAGUCAGAAACUGUGUGGUGAAAAAUGAAUUCAGUAAUAUUUUGAGGGAUGGGUAUUGAGAACCAGUUCCAAGUUGGAACCAUUACCAAAUUUCCAAGAACCAUGGAUUCAAUAGGACAUGUGCAUUUCAAAUCUGCUUAUCGGUUUCGAACUUCUUGCAUAUUUCUGCUCCAAAUAAAACUGCAGUGAGCAUUUUACAGUCCAUAAAAGUGUCACUCAUCUGCCAGGACCUGCUACGGGACCUAAUGUUAAGCAGUACGUAAACAAAGCAUGCAAGAAGAAGAUACUUUUGUUUCCAUUCCUGAACCAUGGCGGUCUCUCUGUAGAAAGCAGAAAGCACUCAAAAGUUUUGCUUAGCUUCACUAAAAAAAGAGAACGACAAAAUCCAACACCUGAAAUAAGGACAUUUGGUGCGAGGCAGGAAGCAGCUCCAACAUGACAAAGCAUAUACUUCAACACGGCGUGAAUCUGAAGGAACGCACGCUAACGCUAACAGUAGCAACGUCUCAGGUACAAAACAUAGGUGAGCUGAUGUUCACCUUUUAGGGAAAACCAAUGAUGGCUACAAAUGAUUCCAAUAUAUAUUUUUCGUUCGAUAGCAGUCCCCAGAGACGCCCCUCUAGUACAGAGACUCCCUUCACUUAAGCCAUAAAGUGGAAGGUGAACAAGGAGGAAGAGGAUAAAUGUCACAGUCGAUAAGUAGAAUCGGAAUCAGAAUCAAUAAAACUAAAACGAUACCCAACCCUAAUUAUUAUUGAUUAAAAAACGUUUUAAUUUACAAUGAGACCGUCUCUGUGGGCUCUAAAGAAAAUCCUACUGGGAGAGAGGGAAGGAGAUUAGAGCAGAGUGUUUAAAGCGAUGGCUGCUAUGUGGGUUAACAUCUUUGUCAUAGCUUCUUUAGUUAGUGAUAGCGCCUUCAAAGGGUUCAAUGAAAACCACUCACCCUUCUGUGCCCAGCUAAACCCUUACAACCAGAGAGCAGGGCAAUGAGAUAUGACAGUCAGUUUUUUUUCAAUAAUAAAUUAAUUAUAAAGUUAUCUGGACACGUCAAAUAUAGUUUUCUGGUGAACAGGUCUUCGAUUUCUCGCGGAGUCAGUCCUCUGAGUCUUCAAAGAGGCCCUCACACAAAACCAGAGCAUAAAUGACAGAUCACAAACUGUGUAGGAAGGAAGGAACACAUAAUCUUAUAAUAACAUAUAUCUUGUCUAAUGACAUAAUGAGGUCCUCGUCAUACAUUUACUGUUUAAAAGGCCUUUCCUGAGAUAAUGAGAUAUUCAUCCAUUAACUCUGGUAAUGGGUUAGAAAAUUAAAGAAUCCAAAACGAAAAUGAAAUAAUUAAGUUGCAGCCUUGACAUAAUGGACCAAAAAUGUUCAGCAACCAUGUCUGGUCCUUAAUUCAAAAACGCAAUUUCAUUACACAUAUGUUACAGUGCGUAUUUAUUAAUGCAGCCCGUACAGAACAUGUAGUUUCUUGGAUGAAUGAUAAAAUAACAUUUUCAAAUAAUGAGUUUCAGACCGUUUUCUUAAAUCAUUUCAUAAACAUAAAUAAACAGUUUAUCAUAAUCAUUUAUCUUUUUAAUAUUGAACACUUUGGGGCUCCAUACUUUUGUUCUCCAGGCUGAUGCGACACAUGUGGAUGCAGAUGAUUGGCGCAGUCAGAGAGACGGAGAGAAAGACAGACGUGUCCCUACAAAUAUUAUUUGAAAGUAACCAAACCUGAGCCUGACCAAACACCGGGGCUUUACACAACAAUACACCCCAAACCUGACAGGACACCGGAUGAUUUGUGUGUCAGGUUUGGCCAAGGCAGCAGAACCCUAUUAGCAUCAAUUUACUCAUUUCUGUCAGCUAAUGUCACACUGAAGGAGAUUAUUCCUCAGUUUAUGAUUCCUUUAGUCUCAUUCUGUAACCAUACCACACCGGGUCAGAGGUGAAAAAAGUACUUUUUGAAUAAAUACCUGCAACGCAACCUUGUUCACAGACAUAUUUAAAGACUUUCCUGUAUGUAUUCCUGCAUGUAGUCAAAACUAAUAAAAGCUGAGUAAGUAGGGAAGCACACAGGCUUGGACUUACUGUAUGUCAGGAUACUGACAUUUCAGAAAUAGCUCAAGCUGACAGACUGAAACAUGACUCACCCAAACAGCAGGAUUCGUCAGAGCCAACUGAAAGCCUCCUCCUUUCUGAGCUAAUUGAUGAAAAAAAACACAGGCCGAGAUUUUAGGACAGAGAUACUGCAACUUCCAUUGUGGACGGACGUUAAAAACAAACCUGAACAAUCAACCUUUAACAUCAGUAAUGUGUCUGUUGAGUGAACAUAACAUGAGAAAAAAGAAAAAAGGAAAUGUUCAACUGUGGAAUGUAAAAUCACAACAAAAUAAAUCUCAUCGGUGUGUUUACUAAU